AUGAGACUAAAUAUUGCCAUCUUUUUUGGGGCUCUCUUUGGUGCUUUGGGAGUUUUACUCUUUUUGGUGGCUUUUGGAUCAGAUUAUUGGCUUCUUGCAACUGAAGUGGGGAGGUGUUCAGGUGAACAGAAUAUAGAGAACAUCACUUUCCAUCAUGAAGGAUUCUUCUGGAGGUGUUGGUUUAAUGGAAUUGUGGAAGAAAAUGAUCCCAAUAUCUGGAAAUUCUGGUACACCAACCAACCGUCAUCGAAGAACUGCACCCAUGCUUACCUGUCUCCAUAUCCCUUCCUGAGAGGCGAACACAAUUCUACAUCUUACGACUCUGCAGUUAUAUACCGUGGUUUCUGGGCUGUCCUAAUGCUUCUGGGAGUAGUAGCUGUGGUGACUGCAAGUUUUUUGAUCAUCUGUGCCGCCCCCUUUGCCAGCCAUCUUCUCUAUAAAGUCGGAGGAGGCUCCUAUAUUGCUGCAGGCCUCCUGUUUUCCCUGGUGGUAAUGUUGUAUGUCAUCUGGGUCCAAGCAGUGGCUGACCUGGAGAGCUACAGAACCAUGAAAAUGAAAGACUGCUUGGACUUCACCCCUUCUAUUCUGUAUGGCUGGUCAUUUUUUCUGGCCCCAGCAGGGAUAUUUUUUUCUUUGUUAGCUGGAUUACUCUUUAUAAUUAUUGGACGACAUAUUCAGCUACACCAUUAA